UGUCUGACAAAGGAGGGAGCUGGGCCCUUUCCCCCGUCUCCUAACCGACUCAGUUCCCUCUGCAUGCCAGUCACCUGCUGGUCAGGACACAUGAGGAUUUUAUCAUUCCAGGCUGCUGUCGUGCUGGAGGUCCAAAGUGCCUGCAAGAAAGCUGUCGGCUCUAUUGGCCCGCUGCUGGUAAAUGGGCCUUCAGGGAUCUCUGCUUCAAUUCCCCCAAAGUCACUGUUCUCUUUGCUCCCACCGAGGCUCAGGCUGUGCGUCGGGCCGGGCUUAUUACUCACCGCUCCUGUUUAAAAAGGAAACUGAGCAGCUGGGGCUGUCUGCGUGACUUGGGAAAGGAAGGAGGCAGCCGACGCACAAAGUAACUUAACUAAACAUUUCUAGCUCUUGUUUUGCUGCGGCUGACUCUUCAAAGACGGGCUCUCUCUCCCUGACGGAUCGUGGGGCAGCGGGAACAGCGGCGUCGGUGGCUUUCUUGGGACUUGCCAGCCAGCCUACGGGGAAAGAGGACACCCUCAGGGAUUCCCUCCCUGCCUAGGCUGGACUGAGCUUUGGGACCGGUCUUGCAGCGUGAACCCGGCUCUCGAGAGCAGCAAUGACAGGUGUGUGUGGCUGCUGUGGUGCGUUGCGUCCCCGUUACAAGAGGCUAGUUGACAAUAUCUUUCCGGAGGAUCCAGAGGAUGGGCUGGUAAAAACCAACAUGGAGAAGCUGACCUUCUAUGCGCUGUCUGCGCCAGAGAAGCUAGACCGCAUUGGCGCGUACCUUUCGGAGAGGCUGAUCCGAGAUGUGGGCCGGCACCGAUAUGGGUACGUGUGCAUUGCCAUGGAAGCCUUGGACCAGCUGCUAAUGGCCUGUCACUGCCAGAGCAUCAACCUGUUCGUGGAGAGCUUCCUGAAGAUGGUGGCGAAGCUGCUGGAGUCAGAGAAGCCCAACCUGCAGAUCCUGGGUACAAAUUCUUUUGUGAAGUUUGCGAACAUUGAAGAGGACACUCCGUCCUACCACAGGAGCUAUGACUUCUUUGUGUCGCGCUUCAGUGAGAUGUGCCACUCUAGUCACGAUGAGCUGGAGAUCAGAACCAAGAUCCGGACGUCUGGCAUAAAAGGCCUCCAGGGGGUGGUGAGGAAGACGGUUAAUGAUGAACUCCAAGCGAACAUCUGGGACCCGCAGCACAUGGACAAAAUCGUGCCUUCGCUGCUCUUCAACCUACAGCACGCAGAGGAGGCUGAGAGCCGCUCUCCAUCUCCCCUGCAAGCAACUGAAAAGGAGAAAGAGAGUCCCACUGAGCUGGCAGAAAGGUGCCUGCGGGAGUUACUGGGGCGAGCGGCUUAUGGUAACAUUAAGAACGCCAUCAAACCUGUUCUCAUCCAUCUAGACAACCACUCGCUCUGGGAGCCAAAGACGUUUGCUAUUCGUUGCUUUAAGAUCAUCAUGUACUCCAUUCAGCCUCAGCAUUCCCACUUGGUGAUCCAGCAACUCCUGGGACACCUGGAUGCCAACAGCAAGAGUGCAGCCACGGUGCGGGCUGGGAUCGUGGAGGUCCUGUCGGAGGCAGCUGUCAUCGCAGCCUCGGGAUCAGUGGGACCGACUGUGCUGGAAGUGUUCAAUACCCUGCUGCGGCAGCUCCGACUGAGCAUCGACUAUGAGCUGACAGGCAGCUAUGACUGUGCUGUCAUCAGUGCCCAGAUCAUCAAGGAGCAUGAAGAGAGGAUGUUCCAAGAGGCCGUUAUCAAGACCACAGGUUCCUUUGCCAGCACCCUCCCCACCUAUCAGAGGUCCGAGGUCAUGCUCUUUAUAAUGAGCAAGGUCCCACUGCCUUCUCUGCACCACGCUCUAGACGCUGGGAAAGCUGGGGAGAAUCGGAAUCGCCUGACUCAGAUAAUGCUGCUGAAAUCCCUCCUGCAGGUCUCCACGGGCUUCCAGUGUAGUAACAUGCUCACGGCCCUGCCUAGCUCUUUCCUGGACAGGCUGCUCUCGGCUGCAUUGAUGGAAGACGCCGACCUGCGUCUCUUUGUCCUCGAGAUACUGAUCAGCUUCAUUGACCGCCAUGGAAACAGGCCCAAGUUUUCAACUAUCAGCACCAUCAAUGACAUCUCUGUCCUGAAGCUGAAAGUGGACAAGUGUUCUCGCCAAGAUACCGUCUUCAUGAAGAAGCAUUCCCAGCAGCUCUACAGACACAUCUACCUGACGAGCAAAGAGGAGAGCAAUGUGCAGCCUCACUACGAGGCUCUCUACAGCAUGCUGGCGCUCAUUAGCAUCGAGCUGGCCAACGAGGAGGUGGUGGUGGACCUGAUCCGCCUGGUGCUGGCCGUGCAGGAGAUCGCCCAGAUCAACGAGGAUAACCUGCCUGUGUACAACCGCUGCGCCCUCUAUGCCCUCGGCGCCGCCUACUUGAAUCUGAUCAGCCAGCUCACCACGGUGCCCGCCUUCUGCCAGCACAUCCACGAGGUCCUCGAGACAAGGCAGAAGGAGGCGCCAUAUCUACUCCCAGAAGACGUGUUUGUGGAGACGCCCAGGCUGACGAAGAGCUUGGAUCACUUAGUGCCUGAGGUCUUCUUCCGACAGAGCAAGAUCAGCGAGGUGCUGGGAGGCAGCGGCUAUAAUUCAGACCGGCUCAGCACCCCUUACAUCCCCCAGCUGACAGAUGAAGAUCGGUUGUCCAAGAGGAAGAGCAUUGGUGAGACCAUUUCUCUUCAGGUCGAAGUGGAAUCGAGGAACAGUCCCGAGAAAGAGGAGAGAGCCCCCGCUGAAGAGAUCACGUACGAAACCCUGAAGAAAGCAAUUGUAGACAGCGUCGCCGUGGAGGAGCAGGAGCGAGAGAGGAGGCGGCUGGUGGUGGAGAAGUUCCAGAAAGCUCCCUUUGAAGAGAUUGCGGCUCACUGCGGUGCCCGGGCCUCGCUGCUGCAGAGCAAGCUGAACCAGAUCUUUGAGAUCACUAUCCGACCACCCCCGAGCCCAUCCGGUACCAUCACAGCAGCUUAUGGCCAGCCCCAGAACCACUCCAUCCCGGUGUAUGAGAUGAAGUUCCCAGAUCUCUGCGUGUACUGAGAGUCGAAGCGCAUGCCGAGAGAAGGCCAAGGCCUUAUGCAACUGGAGCCAAGGGGGAAACGCGCCUUCUGCAUGAAUGAAAAUGAGUCUCUUGAACUCAAUAACCCUAAAGGAAAACCCCUCUUGAGUGGACUCUUUGGCAGUCUUCCCUCUUCCAGAGCUACAUGGCCCGAGACCACCCCACAAUCCUUCAGCCAUUUACACAAAUCGAAUGUACUUUUUUGCCACCCUAUUUCUUCUCAGCUAGUUCAGGGUUUGACAAUGCAUGAGACUCAAGGGCCUUCAGGAAACAGUUUGAGUUGUGACUCCAGCAGUGAGAAGUCAGGGAGCGCACGGGGGUAGCUGAGUUUUGCUUUAGCUUCCCUUUUUAGAAGCAGGUUAGAAUUUUUUGGGGGGGGGGUGUUAGAUCUUACCCCGGAAAGAGUUUGGCAUGUUGAUGUCCCACUACAUAAAGCAGACCUAUGUCAGUGACAGGUGUCACUCACGUUUAUCUGCCUUUGGUGAGUUUAGGAGAGUUCUUUCUUAGCAAGGAGCUGCUGUCCAAACUUGAGGUCUUCUGUAUUUUAAAGACAGACUAAGUGUACUUGAACAUAGGACCCAAACUUGUUGCGAAAGGUGAAUCCGAGUUGCCUUAAGACAGUCCAAAGCAGUCAAAGAGGCAGAUUGACCCAGGACGUAAAAUUAGUCAUCACAGUUGGAUGCAUAUUUUAAAAAAAAAAAGGAUUAUUUUUGUGCUGCAGGGUCCUAUACAUCAGAUGUAUAUUUGCCUUUCCAGUAAUGCUGGUUUAAGAAGACAAAGGGGUUGAUUGACAGACCGGUACAAUCAAGGCAAACACCCUUAAACUUUUCCUGCAUGUUCUCAACUGAAAGGGAAAUGACUCCUGUAAUGAACCAGCUUGUGUGUGUGUCUCCCACUCUGUGGAGUGAGUGCCUAGAAUCCCAACGGCUCAGCCCUAUACUGCUAACAGCUAAAAGAGGUUCUCUGUUAGAGCCAAGUGGCAGGGGGUCGUGGGCUUCUGGAGGAGGAGGACCUGCUCUGUGAGCCAAUCGAAGUUGCCAGUGGUACGCAGCAGAUGGGGAGACCCUUUAAGUCCUAGGUGGUUAUAGAUUUGUUGCAUACCUGACUUUUAAAAUCCAUGUUUCAGUGGGGAUUGUCUUGCGGAAGACCCGGACCCGGAUCUUACAGGCUGUGGGUGAGGGCUGUACUGAUGUGCAGGCGGGACUAAGGGUGGGACAGCCUUGGAGAACCCAGAAAGAAGCAGCCGCAGGAGUGAAAUGGGAAUGGAGGGGAAGGCGCAUUAACCCUUUGAACUCUGGCAUUUCCCAGAUGCCAGCCCAAAUGGGGCGUUAGACUGUGUGCUGCGUGCAGACGGUUCAGGGAGUGCAUGGAGGCACCUCCUCUAGUUAAGAUAAUGAUUACCCCCCAUUUUCACAUGAGCCCAGUGUUUCUUUGGGACUGAAAUUUCCCACGUUUGGGCUCUGUCUCACUCUCGCUUUCAGCAAAAUCCCUCUGGCAAAGGGACCUAAAAUAAAAUGAAAAAAUUCUGUUUUUUGAACCGUUCCAAACGGUUAAAACAACAACACAAGGCGACAGCAAAAACAGCUGAAGUGUGAAAGUGGUGACUUCGUGCAGGCAGAGGAGGGUCUGUCAUCUGCCAGCUUCAAAACAGGAGUUCAAAGGAGUUUCCCAUCCUACAUCUGCCCCUGGAUUCUCCCUUCAAUCGUUGUGGCUUGAUAAUCCCAUUUUCUUGUUCCCAAAUAUGUUUUCCUUUCCCCUAAAAACAUACACCUCAUUUGCCAUCUGAAUUUGUCUAGCUUCAGCUGUCAGCCUUUGGACCGUAUUAGACCAUUCUUUACUAGAUUGAAGGGCUGAUUUUUUAAAUAUUUGCUCCUCAUGUAGGUACUGAUAGAUUGUGAUCAAGUCAGGCCUUAAUCUUCUCACUGUUAAGCUAAAUAGAUUGAGCUCCCUGUGCCUAUCAUUAUAAGGCAGGUUUUCCAAGCCUUUACUCAUUCUCCUGGCUCUUCUCUGAACCCUCUCCAGUUUAUCAACAUCCUUCUUGAACGGUGGGCACCAGCACUGGACACAGGAUUCCAGCAGCGGUCGCACCGGUGCCAAAUACAGCGGUAAAAUAACCUCUCUACUCCUGCUAGAGAUUGCCUUGUUUAUGCAUCCAAGGAUUGCAUUCAUCCUUUUGGCCACAGCGUCACACGGGAAGCCAAAUAUACAUGACCCUAAAAUCUUUGUCAGAGUCACCGAUUCCUGAAGAGAGUCCCCCAUCCUGUAAGCAUGGCCUGCAUGCUUUGUUCUUAGAUGUAUAUAUCUCCUGAGGCCUUGUCUACACAAACUUGCACCAGUUUUAUGAAACCAUUUUAGUUUCUUCGGUGCAAGCACCUGUGUAAGGACACUCUUAGUUCGGUUUGAUUGGGCUAAUUCAGUGCAGCUUACAUUUGUUCUUGAUUGAUAAAUAAGCCUGGUUUAAACCAGCAUAAGAGGGUCCAUGCGGCCUUUCGCAGCGAUGUAACGAAAUCGGCAUAAAAUGGUGUAAAAUGCACACCAAGGACCUGAUUCUCCCCUGCCUUGCAACUUGUGUGCUCAUUGACACCUGUGCAAAGUGAGAGCUAAGUGCGUGAAAAUGCUGCCAGAUCCAAAGGGCAGAGUUUUACAGGCACUUUGCACAGAUGUGAGUGAUGUCACAAGGUGCUAGACGGGACAGUCAGACCUGCUUUGCUGCUCAACACAGAGCAAACAAACUGACCAGGCAGAGAUCAACCAUUCCAGUCUCUGAUCUGUUGUAACCGUAGGAGAGAAAAGAUUUUCCGACAGAAAUGUGAUUUAUUAUGUGGGUGAAAAUUCCUCCCUUCUGAACUGCUCAGUGUUCAGUUUCUUGGGAUGUGAUAAUUCCUCUAGUUCUCAGUUGUCCGGGUAGAAAAGACCUGAGUUCGCAAUGUAACAAGAAAACAGUAAGGAACAGAAAACCCUUUUCAAAGAAUACACCAUUCAGGCCGCCUUCUUUCGUCAUAAAGAAACAAAAGACCACACAGCCACACUUCCCACCCUUUGCAUCGAAGGGAGUAUCUUGUUUUGGUAAGGUUUUGUUUUUAACAUACGUCCCUAAUAGGGUUUAUUUUAAUUAUUUGUAUUCGUUAACCAUAUUUUUUGCUACAUGUUAUGUUAGAGAAGGCAGGUCAAUGAAACACACCUUGCUAUUGAAGCAGAAAGCAGUGGGGUUGGAAUGGUCCUUGGUUCCUGGGGGAGUUCAUAGCACCAUCUCGGACCACCCCUGGAGCUGGUUCUAUCCAGGCACGAAUCAACUUUACUCUGAGUUUAGCCAAGUAAACUCUGAAGAAUGGUGCAAUUCUAGCAGCCCAGGCCGGUAUUCAGGACCAUUUCCCUUCAGCAGCAGAAAGCCUGAGCACAAGUCAGAAGGUGGAGAAGAGAAUUGAUUCUGGCGCCUUAUGGCCCCAGAUCUUGUCCUGCCCGCCUCUGGGCCCGACCGCGCCUGCUGAUAGAAGGCAGUGGAGUUGGGGAGGGGGGUUCUGCUGUGCAGCUCCCAGAGAGUCUGCCUCAGAGGCCAAGCCUGGGCUCUCUGCAGCACAAGGAGCUCAUCUGCCCAGGCAUGUUGGGUGCCUCUUGCAGGGUGGGAACCUAGCCAGUGGAUCGGGAUGGGCACACGGCUCCUGCUAGUGUAGGUGGAGCAGUGGCUGGAGAAACUCCUCCCUGCCCUGGUGGGGGUCCCACACAAAGUCCACUUACUCCGGCUUUGCGCCAGGGAGGAGGGAGUGGAAACGUGAGGGCAAAUAGCACGGCCAGGGCUCAGCUACCGGGACGAUGGGCCUAACCAAGGCAAGGUCGGUCAGAGUUAGAAAGCAGCAGGCGGGUUUGUCACCGGAACUUCCCGUAGGAGGCCAAAUCUAGCCCUCCCUGGCAUGGAUAGUCAAGGCCCACCAGGCCUGGGGAGCUGCAGGACAACGCUGGGUGGGGAGGUUUUAACGGAAGGAUGUGGGAUCGGACAGCUGCUGCCUCCAGACAUUAGCCCAUGUUAACCGCAGACACAUGCUAUGGCUAGCGGCUCAGAUCACCUGCCCUCUGAGGAGAAGGGUGAAGCGCCCCUGUGGCACCAGCCCCUCCGAGCGGUUUAACCUGAUGUGUCGAGCCGCUCCAAGGCAUAGACACAGUGUAGACAAAACCCUGCAUUGAACCUGCCUUCUUCCCUCAGGGCACAGGGUCUGCACCUUGGCGCCAGAGCCCGAGGCGAUGUCUGGCUAUGGAGGGGCCCACGUGCCAGCUGCCAUCUCAGAGCGGCAGUUUCUCCUCCAACCCUCCAAUAAUCUCCCCAGGUGCCCCUUGGCCCCCAAGAUUCUCCUUCCCAGGCUCUUCGCCCCCAUAACCCUCCAGGCUCUAUCUCCAAAUCCCCCUUCCAGACUCAGACUUGCAGCCUGACUUCUCCGCUGCCCCCAACCCUCCAGUAUCCUGGUCACCACUGGCUUCCCUGGCCCCAAAGCCUUCCUUGCUGUGGAAGGGGAGAGUCCAUGGGAAUCUUGUCACCCCUGGUGUUUGGGGCACCCUGAGGUGGCUAUGUCUGAAGCAUCCCAUGUGGAGCUGGAUGAACCUGAGCAGCAAGUGGUUUCAGUUUUUUGAGGGGUGGGGGGAAUGUGCAGGUCUUGGGGGAGAAAAUGGAGAUUUGUUUAUUGUCCAUGCAAGUGGGCAAGAUUUCUGGGGUCCCUGGCAAAGUGCCACGGUGCAGCCCUUGCCAUCCCAAAUUUUGGACACACCUUGCGGUAAAGGGGGAAGUUAAGGCCCAAGUGAGAACUCCGAGGGAAGCUCUAAUAGAGAGGAAAGGAUUGUGUGUGUGCGCACAUGCACCACUGUUAUCUAUUGGAAAGAAUCAGAAUGGCUUGGCUGUGUGUCAUAAGCCCUAUACUGCAAACAGCUAAUGGGGAUUCUCCUUUAGCCCAAGGGGCUGGGAUCUGUGCUUGUGGAGCAGGCAGUUCUGAGUUUUUUUUUCCCGUGAAGCUCUGAGUGCAGGCAGUGUGUGGCCGGUCGCAGCUGCGAAGUCCUGAACCGAGCAUGGGUUUGUUACAACAGUUACAGUAGCUCAUUCUUCCGAAAAAUUCCUUUUUCAUUCGUGGCACUUCCCUGGCUGGGAGGGAGCCAGUGCUGACCCCUUGGGUCCCCCCUUCAACUUGCCUCAAGGGGGAGAGCAGGAGUGGGAAGCAAUGAGAUGCAGAAGCAGCAUUUUGCUUUUUCCUUCACAGAGAACCCCUUCCCGAGACAUUCUAUAAGACGUGCCGGCCUCUCCUCUAACGGCUGCAUGUUGGGUGAAGCCUCACGCUCCAUUAGUAACUGUCUGGGACUGACCGCUCAGGAGCGGAGCUGAAAGUUUGAGAAAACGGGGAGGAGCACUGUGACCCGACACAGGUGUACAGCAUUUAGCUGGGGGGACAAGGGUUAUUUUAUUAGUGACGCUCCCUGUCCCGAAGUGGGAGUAAUCGAUGUAAAUAACUUGCGUACGCUUAGAAAAACCAGCUGUUAAACAGUAAGUUCCUCUGAACGACUGCCUCCCUAUAAUCCCUGGACAUACAUACAAAGUGCUCGGUCUAGAGGACAGGAAAGGGUGGGAGGCAUGACCACAUUGUUGAAGCGGGUUGCGCUCCAUGGGAAUAACUAAUAGGAGCCCAUCCCAUUAGAGCUGGUCUGUGGCGGGGUGGUGACCCGCUCCGGAGGCUGGAACGCUAAUUCCCCGGGUGACCAGCAGGAGGCGCCGCAGGGGUGAGUCCCUGCACCGCUACAGGGUUGAAGGCUUUUCUUGGGAAAAUGGGGUUUUGUCAAACAACAUUUUUCAAGAAAAAGUUGUUUGAAAAAAAUUCUUUUUGUUUAAAUUCAAAACAAAAAAUGUUGGAAAAAACGCCAAAGUUUUUCCCUUCAAAGCUGCGAGAAAACGCCCCCUUUCUGGAUUCCCCCCCCCCCCCGUCUUCCCACUACAAAAUUAAGGGGGGAAGUUAAAAAGUGAGAGAAAAUAACACCUUUGCCCCUCAAAACUUGUAUUUUCUUUCCACUUUUGGAUAUCCUGUCUCUUGAGGUGAGAGAAAAUAACAUAAAAUACUUUGACUUUUUCGCCCAGGAACGGGAGGAAAAAGGGGGAGUGUUUUUGUUUCCCCCCCCCCCCGACCAAAAUGAACCAAAACUCUUCAAACUGAAAUGUCACAAACCCCAAAAUGUGUGCAAAAAUGUAGAACAAAAAUAAAAUAUUUUAGUUAUUUUUAAUUGCGGCAGUAAAAGACUGGGUCCAGUUAGCUCUAUAUGGUAAAUAGGAAGCUAGAUUUGGCCGUUACGACAGGGCUGCUACUUCCCCACCAUAAUACCAGGCACUCCGGUUACCGUUGUUCACGGAGCCCAACUUUUUCUUCCGAGGGAAGGGUGAGUGUGUCUGGGACGCGGUCUCCUCACCUGGGCCAUGUUGCCCUGAGACUAGGGCAGCAGUCGCGUGGAUUCCAUUUCUGGUCUCCGCUUCUCCCCCCUCCUCGGCCAUAUGGGGUCACGAGCCUUUUAGCAGCAGCAAGCAGCUUCCCAGUUGUCUUCUAACAUGCCUCGAAUCCAGUGGAAGGAGAGGGUGUGGGGAAGGUCCGGAGCAGGGCUUAGUUUGUAAAGAAAGAGGAGUGAGGCUCAAGCAAUUUUUUUACUUUCAUAACUGAUGCAGCAGGCCCAGAGGUGCCGGGGCUAGGAACUGCCAGGCCCAGAGGUGCCGGGGCUAGGAACUGCCAGGCCCAGAGGUGCCAGGACUCAGCCCUGGCACAAAUGAAGCACUGGUAUGGAGACACAGUAGGGCAUUGCCUACAUGGCUUCUGCUUCACUGGUGACCAGCACAAAUAUGAACGAGGCUCAGUUGGCUGUUUGAUUUUCUAGCAGUCUCGUCUAAACUUGCUCAGAGUAGGGUUAGACAACACAGGGUUAAAAUGUCAAUGGUUGGUGCAUACUAGUGCAAUCACUGACUGUACAAGUACAACCAUGGGAGAUGUGAAUAAAAAUGCCGGUGUAAUACAGCCUAGGACGUGUGGUCUACCCAGGCCAACCAAAUCAAGAGUGGCCUUCUUGGUUCACUGCAAAAAUCUUGCGUGUGGGGGUUACUUGCAAUUGGUCAGGUUAAGUCACAUGGUACUGAUUCUAUUUCCUGAUUGUGUAAGUGCACAAGCAAGCACUUGCCAGUGCUGGUAUUUGUACGUGCAAAUGAAAAUGUCAUUCCUGUGACGGUUCAUGCUAGUAAGGUUUGGUCGCUCAAAUGCUCAUAGAAAAAUUCACCCAGCUCUACCAACAGUGGGACAAAUCCUGAAGUCCUUACUUGGGUUUGUACUUGGCCAACUUCCCCUUAAAGGCAAUGGAAGUUUUGCCUCAAUAAGGACAUCAUGGUUUUGCCCAUUGUUUGGCAAGAGUAACAGAAGCAUCCUGCAGAACGGGUUGGAUGGUGGGACAGAAAAUCAGAGACGGGACAUUGGAGUAGCUGGACAAUUGGCCAUAGGGUGACCAGACAGCAAAUGUGACAAAUCAGGACAAGGGUUGGGGGGUAAUAGGUGCCUAUAUAAGACAAAGCCUCAAACUGAGGGACUGUCCCUAUAAAAUUGGUACAGCUGGUCACCCUAAUUGGCCAUUAUGUCAAUUCCUGCAUUGGCUUAACUGGCACAGAGUGAUUCUUGAACUUCCUCUAAAACCAUGUGGGGCGGUGUCCUAGCUGAGACUGAUUGGAACCCCCUUUACUGUAGGCUUGCCCCAAAUUGCAAACAAGCAUGUCUUGUUUCAGCCUGUGGUGAGACGCUUCCACCCACUCCUCCUUGGAAAUAGUUUCCGAUAUUUGCACUAAGAGUUGAAUUUUGACACGUGAUCUCCAUCUGUAAAUGUCUCCAGCCGUGCAUUGUGAUUGUACGUACCGUUUAGACCUUGGGAGUAUAGAUAGUGUAUAUAUAAUUAGAUAUAAAUAUAUUUAUAUAAGCCUGUUAUAGGUGCAUGGUCAAGUUUCCAUUUCUGUGUUUCAGGAACAUUAGAUCAUUUUCUGUGUGAGUAACCGAGGGCAGGAAUAAGUUGUUUUGAGUUGCUAAAGGUCACAUUUUGGUAAGGGGCUUUGUUGAUAUUUUCAAGUAAGUCAUCUCUGCCCUUUUCAAAUAAAUGUUAAUGUUGCUCUGUUA